GAAAUCGACAGGAAACCUUCUCUGCAUGCGUUUUGUUGCAGUAUAUAAACACAUGCCGCGGCCCGCUCACCCCCAUCAGAUCAACAUCGUCAUAGUUGUCUAGGAAAAGCAAAGCACCUAGCUUCUGUGAUCGUCUCAGCCAUUAGCUUCCAGCACCGACGUAGAGGUAUCGAAAAGUAAAAAUAAAACGCACCGGCGCACGGCCGCUCAGCUUUCUUGGUUUUCAUCUCUCUUCGGUAUUGGUUGGUUGAAAGCGAGGGAAUACUUUUGUUAUCGCAGGUAUAGAACAUGGGGCAAAGAACUAAGCUAUGUACUAAUCAGAUGACUGAUUUUGAAUCGGGUCGACAUGGCCAGAAUUAUAUCCGUCCUGAGAACCCAUCCUUUACACAACCUAAUGUCAGAACAAUGGCAUCAGCUUCAGAUAACGCAGCUAAUGUCGACGCCCAAGUUGUACUAGACCACUGUGACAAUGUCAUAAACCAUGGGAUGACGCAGUUCAAUGAAAUUCAGCAUCAUCAUAAUCUAAGUGUUGCACCUGCAACCAACUUUUGUUGUUCCGAGUCUUCCGACAUGACGCCUUCAUUUGGGGCCUCCAGUCAGUUGUCAUCUUCCAGCAAUUAUGGAGUCAUUGGAGGUUCUGCAGAUGAGCAUGGAAGGAACUCUCACUUCAGGGAUGAUGUCAGGGUUCCACGCGAGAGAAAAUAUUCUGAAGGAAUUUCUGGUAGUUUCCAACGUGGUAAUUCCUCGUCAAGCUUUAGUUCUUCAGUUGCCCCCUCAAAUAAUAGGCAUCCUGAAGGAGUUGUUGUGAUUGAUUCUGCACCUUUUGCCCUGCCUGUGUAUAGAGGGCCUCGUUUUCCAUCAAUCAUAAGAGUAGGACAUCCAAGUAGUUUGAGGAACAGAUCAGGCUUUACUGGGAUGGAUUUUCUUAGGUUCCAUGAUCAUACUCAAUUGAUUCAAGACAACAAUACGGUUCAGUAUAUUCAACCGGCUGGUACUCUCUCGUUGGACCAACAGUUGAGCAGUCAUCCUGGCGAUAGGGGUACUUCGUCCUGGAACCAGGCUUCUGCAACACCUUACGUGCAUGUCGUCACAGGCAGCAAUGUCAAUGGAGGUUCUAUGGAUACCCGGAGCAUUGGCAUGCAGAGAUACCAUGAAACAGCUGGCAGCAGCAGUUCUCCUAGUUUUCCGCGUCCUCCUCCCAUCAACCACCGGCACCACUAUCAUCAUCAUCCAAACCUGCCAAUGCAAGGAGUGAGAGGCCAGAAUAUUAAUUCUCACCCCCAAGUGGCUGCAGCUUCAUAUAGAAUUCCUACAAAUCCUUCGCACAGCACUCUGCGUUCUGCUCAUAACAGUUUGGAGAUGGGUCAUAGGCAUCCUGUAUCUGUUCGAUCAACUGGACUUCGGAUAUAUCGUCCUCACAUAAGGGGAUUUGUGCCUGAGGCAACUCUUAGACAACGUAGCUUGCCACACUUGAGAGUUCUGCGGGCUGAUGAAACUGCUGUGAUAGAUCUGCCAGAAUUCUAUCAGGUGGUGAACCGGAUGGACCAUAACAGAGACACACGGUUGGAUGUUGAAGAGCAUGUGUCUUAUGAGGAGCUUCUGGCAUUGGGGGAACAGAUUGGCAAUGUAAGCACUGGGUUGUCAAAGGAAAUGAUCACAAGUCAAUUAAGGACAAAAACUUAUGAAUCAUUCGCUACCAUUAACAAUUUGGAAGAGGCAAUUUGUGAGGAUCAGGAAGCUGAUUUAUGCGUUAUAUGUCAGGAUGAAUACAAGAACCAAGAGAAUAUAGGACUUCUUGAUUGUGGGCAUGAGUAUCAUGCGGAUUGCUUAAAGAAGUGGCUGCUCGUUAGGAAUGUCUGCCCCAUAUGCAAAUCUGAAGCACUGACCACAGGAAGGAAGGACCCAUAGAAAUGGGGGUGAGAGCUAGAAGAUUAAAGUGAAAAAAUUUUCCAUUUGUAUUUUCACUUUAAAAAGCUCACUACAGUAACAAGUUGAUAUUAUGAAAGUGUACUAGCGCAUAAGACUAACAGUUACAUUGCCCCACUCAUUUAUUCGCUGGUUUCUGGAAAACUGUACGCACUUUCUCGUGUGAGUAUGCCUAAACUAAAAAAGUAUGCUCUGUAGGCUUUAUUCUAUCAUAUGCAAUGAACCUGAUCGCAAUGAAAAUCCAUUGGUACUUGUUGAUGAA